GUUCAGUUGUUCGAUGCAACGGUUGCUGGCUUGUAUCUUUCGUGCGUAGCGAUUGGCACCGCGAAACGGCGCUUUCUGCCAACUGUUGGAUUUCGCGGAUAAAGCUCGGUCCGGCGGAGACGUAAGCUUGCGCAGAAGCCGGCCGGCGCGGCGAUAAAAUAAGAAAAUGUUGAUUUCACAUGCAUGGGAGCUCACACACACGGAUAAAGUUGCGAAAGCUCCGGCAGCGAGUUGACAGCGAGAGAAAUAAACUUGGAGCAGUUCAGUAAACUAUUAAAGAUGGCGCGUGGUGUAUGUGUCGCGAGGUUCCGUGUGCUCUUCAAUACGGAUUUAACGCGUAAUGGCAAGCGGACAAUUUUCGCGUACCAGCCCGCCCAUACGGAAACGUGGAGUAGGGUAGCACGGAGGUUUUGCACAAAGUCAGAUACUGAUGAUGAUGACGAUAAAUCAGGAAAAAAGAACGAAGGUUCGAAAAAUACGACGAAACCAACGGUGAUCGUAGAUUCUCAAGUGUCGGUUAAUUAUAUACAAGGAUUGCCGCACGUAACAGUACCGCUGCCAAGUCGGAAUGAAAAAUGUCGUUUUGCCUUGAAACCAGUUUCACAUAACGUGGGAGAUUUUCUUCAUAUGCUUCGACUGGAAGAUCGCGGAAUUGAUAGGGCCGUAAUACUUAAUAAGGAAGGAGUACGAAUAGCGUCAACAUGUUCAAUAGAAAGCUUAAUGAAUGAACCUUUUUGGCUGCACGUAAAUGAUAAACACUACCUCGUCACACCACCAGACCGUGAGAGGAUAAGCUCUGAAGAGUUAACAAAAUUAGGAGAUGUUCGAGCUAUGGUCGCACAACUCUACGAAGCCUUGCAUGUGGGCGAGUAUCAUGUGAAAAAGGAAAAGGAACUAAUCGAACGUUUAGAGGAGCUGAAGUACCAACUAACACCUUUAGAAGAGAAAAAACAAGAAUUGGACGCUCAGGCUGUGAGAAAAGCUAAUAUGAUGACGUGGUUAGGUCUAGGUUUAAUGUCUGUUCAGUUUGGAAUCUUAGCACGUCUAACAUGGUGGGAGUACUCAUGGGAUAUCAUGGAACCUGUAACUUAUUUCGUAACUUAUGGAACAGCUAUGGCAGCAUAUGCCUACUUCUGUGUGACUAGACAGGAAUAUAAUUAUAAUUCUGUGCGCGACCGUCAAUAUCUGAUGACAAUACACAAGCGUGCCAAGAAGAAGGGCUUUGAUCUAGAAACAUAUAACAACUUGAAGCGUCAGCAAGCAGAAACUGAAUACGAUCUGAACCGGUUGCGAGAUCCCCUGAAUUUACAAUUGCCGACGGGAUGGAACACUAGCAAUUCAUCGUUAUCGUCAACAUCAAUUUCUUCAGAAGAUGACAAUAAGAGUACCAUGAGUAGUAGUAAAAGUAAAUUGAAUAAAUUGAUUAGUGCAGCUACGAAAAAGUUAAAAAAGGAGAAAUAAAUGAUCUCAACUAAGACUACAGACUAGUUCCUUUAUAUCGUCUUACUACUAUUUGCCUAUUAGCAAGCCUUUGUCUUUGAAAAUAUUGUUGUCGUUAUUUUUACGCAAGCUGUUGCGUCAUUUGUUAAAACUAGUAUUUCUUUUGUAUCUUACCUUUUUUCCUAUAUAAAUUAAUUUGAAAUGGUUAACUAGACACGCAACACUAUUUACCCGCGAUGCGAUGGAUUUAACCGUUAACAGUGGAUUUCAAAAUACCAUUAUUAAAAAAGUAGCUCCAUUCAGAAUUAUAAAAAUCAACGAAAGUCCUCAAUCCGCCCGCAUCAGCGUUGUAGCUUCUGUUAUAUUAGAAAAGGAUUGUUAAUUUUUGAAAUCUAUUUAGAAAAAAUCGUGAAGAUGUUAUUUUAUGCUUCGAAUAAUAGUUUGAGAGUAUAUUUAUUUACUAGCAGAGUUUCGCUUUCGAAUAAUUUUGCCGAAUCAGUCAACUUGCCUUGUUUGAUUCUUUGCAGCCAAGUGCAUAUAGGAAUGCAGUGAAGCAGAUAUGAAAACAGCAGUUGUUUUAUAAAAAAGCCUCUUAUGAGUAUUAUUAUAUUUUUAUAUGCGGAGAAUGCCCAGCCGGAAAAAUUGAGAACUCAUCAAGAAUCAUACAACCAUCAUCCAAUAAACCUUCUCAGAUAUUUCUCCAAACUGACAUUUCUUAAAUUAACCUUUCUAUUCAUUGUACGCAGCAUCUCUGAAGAAGGAUAGAAAACCUCUCAACUUUUUCUACAUAUGAUUUCCUCUUGCAAUUUGAUUUUAUGGUGUAUGAUGUAUAGUCAUGCAUGAGCCGCUUGAGAUUAGAUACAAAUUCAUGAAGAAAGUAAACAUAAACCUCCUUUCAUAUAUAAACACUGCUUCAUUGGAUGGUGGAUAACUUAUCAGUAAAACGAGGGAAUGCGACAUUAUCAUAUGCUUGAAAAUGGAAGAUCAAAUUAAGACUGACCAAGUAGUACUGGUUGUAUGAAUAUGUUAUUCAGUAAAAAAUAAUUCCUGCAACCGAAUGAUAAAUACAUUUGUACUACGGAUCAAUAUCUAUUAAUGAUUAUCAAGUGACCAUUCGGAGCAUUUAAGAAAAAAAAAGUAAAAACAUCGAUAUAGUUUAAGGCCGAGUUACUUUUAGUAAAAUUAGCAAAAAAUGAAUGUUAAGCCCUAACAACAGAACCUUGAAAACAAACCAAAACGCAUGUUUCAUUCAUAAACAAAAAGCAAACUUUAGCCUAAUUGUACACAAAUAUAGAAAUUAAAAACAUUUUAUACAAAAAUCUUGCAUAAAUUCAAAUGUAGUUGUUGUUACAUUUUGACAAUCCUUUCAAUCUAAUUUGGAACAAAUAAAAGUUAAUUUAUGUAAAUAGUAUUAAUAUUAAAGGAAAUGAAAUUCCGAAAUAUCUAAGUCUGACAAACGCGAUAUAUGGUCAUUAAAUGCUGGGAAUUGAAUUUUACUUAUCGUAAAAAACGAUUGUAAAUAAAUUUCCCACUUUCUUAUAUAUCAUGUCGAAACUUAGAUAGUUCAGAAUUUCAAAAUUUAUUUGGCAAAUGAGAGCAGCAUUGCCUUCUCUUCUUUAAAACGAUUGUGCCAAGUUUUCCGAUACGCAUAAAUUUACCUCUUUGUACAGAUUAUUAUCGACUAAGUACGCAUUUUUCCUUUAAAUCAAAACUUCCCAAAUAUAUUUUCUACUGUUGGACAGUUUACUUAUGUAGUGAAUGAAAGUGGAUACGCCAAAGUUGAGCAUACGAAUAGUUUUCGCAAAUACGUGUUAUUCGCACAACACACUUAGAACAGAAAUUGUUGAAUACGUAAAUACAUAUAACCAAAUGGAUAAUCAGAACAUAGUACUUAGCAACAAUUACUUUUGGAGAUAAUUUUCCUCGUUUUCCCGCUUUUAUAAUUUCUUCAAUACUAUUGCUUUUAGGAAUGUUAUAUACUUUAUGCUUUCAAUCGAAUUCAAAUAAACUCAUUUGAAAUUA